AGAAACGUAGGAAGUGACGCAUUAACGUUUCGGAUCUGGGAAGCCUUGACAGUGGUGUGGUGUUAGGGGAACUUAGCUGCACGGUUUAAACAUAUUCGUCAUGGCAUCCAUGUCACUAGCACCUGUGAACAUCUUCAGAGCUGGUGCUGAUGAAGAAAGAGCAGAGACUGCUCGACUGUCUUCAUUCGUAGGAGCCAUUGCUAUUGGUGAUCUGGUUAAGAGCACACUAGGUCCAAAAGGAAUGGACAAGAUCCUCUUGAGUGGUGGAAAAGAUGGCUCUGUGACAGUAACAAAUGAUGGGGCCACCAUUUUAAAAUCAAUUGGAGUUGACAACCCAGCUGCUAAAAUUUUGGUUGAUAUGUCAAAAGCUCAAGAUGAUGAAGUAGGUGAUGGAACUACCUCUGUCACAGUGCUGGCAGCUGAAUUGUUAAGGGAGGCAGAAAUCCUUAUUGCUAGGAAGAUCCAUCCUCAAACCAUUAUCUCUGGCUGGAGAGCAGCAACAAAGGCUGCAAGAGAAGCCCUGGGAGAAGCUGCAGUGGAUCAUGGGGCUGAUGAGGUCAGGUUUAACGAAGAUCUUAUGAACAUUGCAAGGACCACAUUGUCUUCAAAGUUGUUAACUCAUCAUAAAGAUCACUUUGCUAAUCUGGCAGUUCAGGCUGUCCUGCGGCUGAAAGGGUCUGGUAACUUGGAAGCCAUUCACGUCAUUAAGAAGCUUGGAGGGAGUCUGGUGGAUUCCUACUUAGAUGAAGGCUUUCUCCUUGAUAAGAAAAUUGGUGUUGGCCAACCUAAAAGAAUUGAAAAUGCCAAGAUUCUUAUUGCAAAUACAAGUAUGGACACAGACAAAAUUAAGAUCUUCGGCUCUCGUGUGAGAGUAGACUCAACAGCAAAAGUGGCAGAAAUUGAAUUAGCAGAGAGGGAAAAGAUGAAAGAGAAGGUGGAACGCAUUCUAAAGCAUGGCAUUAAUUGCUUUAUCAACAGGCAGUUGAUUUAUAAUUAUCCUGAGCAGCUGUUUGCCAAUGCUGGUGUUAUGGCUAUUGAACAUGCAGACUUUGCUGGUGUAGAACGUUUGGCUCUUGUUACAGGUGGUGAGAUUGCAUCAACAUUUGAUCAUCCUGAACUUGUGAAACUUGGACAUUGUAAACUUAUUGAAGAAGUUAUAAUUGGAGAAGAUAAGCUCCUUCACUUCUCUGGCGUAGCAAUGGGUGAGGCUUGUACGAUUGUUCUUCGUGGAGCAACUCAGCAGAUUCUUGAUGAAGCAGAACGAUCUCUGCAUGAUGCACUGUGUGUGCUUUCCCAGACAGUAAAAGAAACAAAAACCGUGUUUGGUGGAGGAUGUUCAGAAAUGUUGAUGGCACAUGCGGUUACCGAACUUGCCACCAGAACACCAGGCAAAGAGUCUGUUGCUAUGGAAUCAUUUGCCAAGGCACUUAGGAUGUUGCCAACAUACAUAGCAGAUAACGCUGGUUAUGAUAGUGCAGAUUUGAUAUCUCAGCUCCGGGCUGCACACAGCGAAGGAAAAAAAUCCUUUGGGUUGGAUAUGAAAAAUGGAACUGUUGGAGACAUGGAAGCUCUAGGAAUUACUGAAAGCUUUUUAGUGAAGAGACAGGUUCUUCUUAGUGCUGCAGAAGCUGCAGAAAUGAUUCUUCGUGUUGACAACAUCCUUAAGGCAGCACCACGGAAAAGAGUACCAGACUAUUACCCAUGUUAAACGUAGAGCAGCUUUGUGAAUACAGACGCUAUACAUCACUGGAUUGCUCAGGAGAAAAUUUGGAAAAUCGCCAGACUUAUUUAAAGGAAAAACUGGAUACACUUGUAUUUGUCAUUGCUUGCUUCAUAUACUAUACUUUGUACGAUUAAUUUAUUUACUAUAUGCUAGAAAGGGUCCAUCUGGUCUCAGUAGCUAUAAAAAUAUACUGCUGCUGCUGUUGUCAUUUUGAAGCAGAUAUAAUUCCACUGAUAACACCAUUGCAUUCCUGUGCAUCCAGACUUUUCAGAAAUAAAGUUUCUUUCACAUUU